AUGUGAAGGACAAAGUCACAAUUUAUUUAUCAUUGUAUCAGUGCAGUCUGCAUUGUCAGGAGGCAGAAAUCUAUCGAACUAGUGUGAAUGGCGGAUGCAUCAGCCCGAUCAUAAAAGUGCGAAGAGUGGUGUAUUCCAGCGGAAAAAAUCGGUAAAUCGGUAGGCUACAAUAUUUUUUUUUUUUACCCCACCCACAGGCAUACUCCAAAGACCCAUUACUCAAGACAACAUUCUACCUGUAGAGCGGGCUAAAUCUAUGCGUAAAACGAAUUAACCCAAGAGAAAACUACAGAAAAAGAAAAUUGAUAAAGAACAAAAGCACAAACAACGGAUUGACAUUUGUUAAGUUGCUCCAGUAAUCCAUAGUAAUCUAACAAAAGAAGGCAAAUUCUAAAAAGGGGGCUGUCAACAUCCAGCCCCAAUCAUGGAUUGGAAGACCUUCCAAGCCCUCCUGAGUGGGGUGAAUAAGUACUCCACUGCGUUCGGUCGUAUCUGGCUCUCUGUGGUGUUUGUGUUCAGGGUAAUGGUGUACGUGGUGGCGGCGGAACGCGUGUGGGGCGAUGAGCAGAAGGACUUUGACUGCAACACCAAGCAGCCUGGCUGUGCCAAUGUCUGCUACGACCACUACUUCCCCAUCUCCCACAUCCGCCUGUGGGCCCUGCAGUUAAUCUUCGUCACCUGCCCCUCCUUAAUAGUGGUGAUGCACGUGGCGUAUCGCGAUGAACGCGAGCGGAAGUACCGUGCCAAGCACGGCAACAAGGCCAAGCUGUACGAGAACACAGGGAAAAAGCACGGCGGCCUCUGGUGGACCUACCUGUUCAGCCUCUUUGUCAAGACGGGCAUCGAGAUCGCCUUCCUCUACAUCCUCCACAAAAUCUAUGACAGCUUCUACCUGCCCAGGCUGGUCAAGUGUGAGGUCACCCCCUGCCCCAAUCAGGUGGACUGCUACAUCGGCCACCCCACAGAGAAGAAGGUCUUCACCUAUUUCAUGGUGGGUGCCUCGGCCCUUUGCAUCGUGCUCAAUGUCUGUGAGAUCAUCUACCUUGUCUCCAAGCGCGUCGCUCGCAUCGCACAAAAGAUGAAGAGAAGAGAGCGCACCUUGGCCCUUCAUGAACGGUACAACAAGGAGAAUUCCUGCAGUGACUGCAGCACUCUACCUAUGUCUCGGCUGGAGAAACAAUCCUUAAAGCCCCAGUUUCCAGGCCACCUACAAGCCACCUUACCGGCUCACAUGCGUGCUUCUGCCCCUAACCUGUCCUCUGCAGCAUAGGAUAUCCACUGUAUCCGAAGACUAAGCCACAACAUGGAUGCCUAUGGAGCAAGGCCUCACCUCAUUGGUCAAGCCUGUUCAAGCUGGUCCUCCUGUAAGACUUUGUAUGAGAGACAGAUUUUUAUGCCCUAGCUAUUACUGCCCUAUAUUGCCAUGGAGCAAGGCUUUGUAUUGAUAUCCAUGACCCUGUGGCUAGACAACCCUGUCGUGAGCCACAUUCCAUUUUAUACAACUAAACUACUACUGCCAGACUGAAUAACCAACCCUUCCACUAUUAUUAUAAUUUUUUUAAUCAAUAAUUGUCUCCUGUAACAUUUCCCAAUACUUUUCCAGUUCGCCUCACACUUUGUUUUCCCAUUCCUUUGCGGUUUCUGGCUAGGGGUAAGAGCAAUGUUCCCUCUAAGCUGCGAGCGUGCACGGGCGCGUAGCUCCCCGGGACUUCCUCGCAAAAGAAAUAUCAGCCCACGCAGAGAAGCACGAGAUUGAACUUCACUCAACUUUCUAGAGUUUUCCCCUUUAGUUAACACUAUCAACAUUUCCCUUUACUAUUUAUUUCCCUUUGUGAUCAAAUCAACGCAAUAUUAGCCACUUUCAAUGCAACAUACCGAAACAAAAUGAACUAUGCAAGACUUAGUAUGCAAAACUACUGUAACUUUGCAAUACAUUUUUUGUAGGCAGAACGCAUCGGAGUAGGAUUCUAUUGCAUUGACACGCACGACUCAGACCGUACUCUACACAGACC